GUUCGCGUGCAGUUUGAUAUUUUAUUAGCAGGAUCGCGUCGUCGUGGAAGAGGAAAGAGAUAACGCCACUGCGAACACAAUGUGGCCGUUCAGCAGAAGAGGGCCUUCUGGCUUUUCAUCGUCUUCCACGGCGGAGCAAGUUACUGAAGGAAUCAAUGGGAGUGGCCUCACUGCAAUUGUCACAGGAGCAUCCAGUGGCAUUGGGACAGAGACUACACGUGUUCUUGCUUUGCGUGGUGUCCAUGUGAUUAUGGCUGUGAGGAAUAUGGUUGCUGCUAAAAAUGUCAAAGAAGCCAUAAUUAAGGAGAGACCCACAGCUCAAGUUGAUGCCAUGGAGUUAGAUCUUAGUUCAAUGGCAUCUGUCCGGAAAUUUGCAGCAGAAUAUAACUCCUCUGGUCUUCCAUUGAACAUCCUCGUGAACAAUGCAGGAAUUAUGGCUACCCCUUUCAUGCUGUCCAAUGACAAUAUUGAACUACAGUUUGCCACGAAUUACUUGGGUCAUUUUCUUUUGACAAAGCUUUUGUUGGAUACCAUGAAGAAAACCGCAACUAAAAGCAAGAAGCAAGGAAGAAUUGUUAAUGUGUCUUCAGAGGCCCACCGAUUUGCUUACCGUGAAGGAAUUCGUUUCGAUAAAAUCAAUGAUCAGUCAAGUUAUAGCAGUUGGUUGGCAUAUGGGCAAUCAAAGCUUGCAAAUAUCUUACAUGCCAAUGAACUCGCAAGACGUUUUAAGGAAGAUGGCGUGGAUAUUACUGCAAAUUCUCUUCAUCCCGGAGCAAUUGCCACUAAUCUUUUCCGUCAUAGCAACGUGGUGAAUGGUCUAGCUAAUGUGAUUGGGAGAUUUGUACUUAAAAAUGUCCCGCAGGGAGCAGCAACAAACUGUUAUGUGGCAUUGCACCCGCAAGUUGAGGGAGUGAGUGGGAAGUAUUUCUCAAAUAGUAGUCUGGCAAAUCCGACCCCACACGCACAGGACAUGGAAUUGGCAAAGAAACUCUGGGAUUUUAGUAUGGACUUGACUAAAUAGAACACACCUUUGGUAGUUGUUGACACAUGGAACAGGUAAAAGAAUAAAUACAUAUGAUGCAAUUGGAUCUAUAUUAUUAUAGCUAUACGAAUCCCAAAAAGAUAAAAUUGUUCAAAGUUCGAAAGGAGGGAUUAUCAUACCUACAAUGCACUAGAAUGAAUUUCAAGACUGCAUUCAACUGAGCUCUGCAAUGGUAUAGUGUUAUAAGCUAAACUGUAAACAAAACUCCAACUUUUUUCAUUUGAAAAAGGACUCAUGCUUUUUAGUUAUGAAA